AUGGACUAUGGUAACCAGACCUUGCUGAAGGAAUUGAUCUUAAUUGGAUUGACUCAAAAUCCUAAGACAAGAAUAUUCCUGUCCGUUCUGUUCUUAUUCUUGUAUAUGGUGAUUGUCCUGGGAAACAGUUUCCUGAUCUUCACCGUCAUCCUCAGUCCCCAGUUACACACUCCUAUGUAUUAUUUCCUCUGUAACUUGUCUUUUAUUGAUUUGUGCCUCACGUCCUGCACUAUACCAAAACAAUUGUUCAAUAUGUUUUCUAAUACAAGGACAAUUUCUGUCACUGGAUGUUUGGCCCAAAUGAGCCUUGGUAUUAGUAUAGUAGUAGCUGAGGUUAUUUUACUGGCGGUGAUGGCCUAUGACCGGUAUAUUGCUAUAUGCUUCCCCUUAUAUUACACCACCAUUAUGAGAUUGAGAGUAUGUGGAUACAUCACUGUUAUCAUAUGGUUGGGAAGUUUAUACUUUUCUCUUAGCCCGACAUUGAUAAAACCUCUUGUAUUCUGUAAGGGAAACACAUUGGAUCAUCUUGCUUGCGAGAUUUUGGUGGUUAUAGAACUGGCUUGUGGGGAUCUCUCCGCUACUAAAUUAAUCUUAUUUAUUCAGAGUGUUUUUAUUCUGGCAUCACCACUUGUAUUCAUUGUUGUGACCUAUAUUUGUAUAAUUGCCUCCCUAUUAAAAAUCCAUUCGGCUCAGGGUAAAUCUAAAGCCUUCUCCACCUGCGCCUCCCACCUCACUGUGGUUGUUAUAUUUUAUGGGACAACUCUGACCGCGUACAUAGGACAAGCAAAGUUUACUUCUAGCCUGAAAUAUAUUGCUUUAAAUUACGGGAUUGUUACUCCAGUGCUAAAUCCUUUGAUCUACAGUCUGAGGAAUAAUGAUGUGAAAGAAGCCUUUAAGAAAAUUUUAAUCAAAUAUUCUGACCAUUUCAGGAAGACAAACAUUGGACUAAGAAAUAAAAAUUUCAAAAAUGUACACAUGUAA